UCUGAGAUUUGUGGUUAGAUGUCUUACAUUAAAUUUGGAAUAUUUUCUGCCAUUAACUAUUCAAAUAUUUUCUGCCCCAUUCUCUUCCCUUUCUGUGAUGCCAGUUACCAAUGUUAGAAGCCUUGAUAUUGUCCCAUAGAUUUUUGCUACAUUCUCCCACCCUUCUCCCACUGUUCUCUCUGAGGGUUUUGGUUGCAGUAAUUUAUGUUGACAUAUUUUCAAGUUCAUGGAUUGUUUGCUUGACUGAAUUGUCUACUGAAUGCCCAUUGAAAGCAGUCUCUAUCUUAACUGUUUUUCAUUUUUAGUACUUUCAUUUUAUUCUUUCUUAGAAUUUCCAUGUAUCUGCUGAAAUUACUCAUCUGAUUUUGUGUGUUCUCCUUUUGGCUUAGAGCUUAGAACUUAGAGUUUAGAGCUUAGAGCUUAGAGCUUAGAGCUAGAUAUUUCCAACAUCUGUUUGAUUCUGUGUCUGGUUCUGGUUCUGAUAAUGUCUUUGUCUUUUCUGAGUUUUUUUUUUGUUUACCUUUUUUUAGACCUUUUGACUUUUGUUGCAAGUCUGAUUGAGAUUGAGAGUCUUAAUUUUAUGUCUUUAAAUGGGCAAGUCAUUCCUUCUGCCAGCCCUUUAGUGAGGGGAUUUGAAUUAAUAUACUUAAGAGUUGGGCAAAUGUUGAGCUGGUUACCAGGACAAUGUCUGGUCCAUUCAGAAUUUCAGGUGUCACUGUGCCUUAGUGAGGAUCUCUUUUUGUGUUAAUUUCUCCUGUCUCCCACUAGUAUCUGCUGUUGCUAUUCUAGGAAUGUGUUGUCCUGGAGGGGUAUUGGGAUGUGAUCCCUGUUCUGAUUUAGCCUGAGUUUUAGGCCUGAGUCCCAGGGCUGUGUACUCUUUCCCCCUCAGCCAUGUUGUGGUGGGUUCAGCAUGGAAUCCCACCUGUUUUCCAGUAGUAGGUUCCGACCCUGCUGUGGGUUUUCAAGCAAGCAAUAAUCAUUGUCUGUUCUGUACGCUCGAAAGCUUGUCUUCCACAUGAAGACAGGGGAAAAUUGUUAGGCAGGGCAUCUCAUCUGGCCAUCAGGCAGAGCUGCUGCCUCAUGCCCUGGGCACACAUCACAUUGCAUCACAGUGCAUCGCAGUGCAUCACAGUGGGCACUGCUCAGGGCACUUCCUCACUGAGUGCCUUGUUAGGGGUUGGUGGAGGAAGAUCUUAUGAAAGGUUGGGGGUCUCCCCAGCGGUUUCCCUGCUGUCCCUUCAGUAAGCCACAUCAUUUUUCACCAGUUUAUCAGCAAGUCUACCAGAAUACUUCCUCUUGAUGUCCAGUUGCAGUCUACCCCAAGUGAGCACGUGGCUGUCUUCUCUGUCCCAGCAGGGCUGAGAAAAACCUUUGAUUCCAGCCUUGACACUUCUUCCUUGCAUCUUCGAGGGACAAGCUCAAAUAUAUGAUUCUCAGGGUUGUGAGUUCACUGGGGUAUUGUGAUGGCCAGUCAGUGAAAUGGGAAUCAUUUAAUACUUCACUAUUAGAACAAGUAUGUGAAAGUUCCUGCCAACCAUUCAGAAUUCCUUUAGACAUUGUUUGUUCUACUUUCUGCACAACUUGCUGAGAAGUUCCUUUUUUGGUGCCAUGUUCUGUGGCUUCUAUCAAAAGAGGAGUUUGUCUUCAUGAAGAUUCCUAACAUUGGUAAUGUGAUGAAUAAAUUUGAGAUCCUUGGGGUUGUAGGAGAAGGAGCGUAUGGAGUUGUACUUAAAUGCAGACAUAAGGAAACACAUGAAAUUGUGGCAAUUAAGAAAUUCAAGGACAGUGAAGAGAAUGAAGAAGUCAAGGAAACGACUUUACGAGAGCUUAAAAUGCUUCGCACUCUCAAACAGGAAAACAUUGUGGAGCUGAAGGAAGCCUUUCGUCGCAGGGGGAAAUUGUACUUGGUGUUUGAAUAUGUUGAAAAAAAUAUGCUUGAGUUGCUGGAAGAAAUGCCAAAUGGAGUUCCACCUGAAAAAGUAAAAAGUUACAUCUAUCAACUAAUCAAAGCUAUUCACUGGUGCCAUAAGAACGAUAUUGUUCAUAGAGAUAUAAAGCCAGAAAACCUUUUAAUCAGCCACAAUGAUGUUCUGAAACUGUGCGACUUUGGCUUUGCUAGAAAUCUAUCAGAAGGCAACAAUGCUAACUAUACAGAGUAUGUGGCCACCAGGUGGUAUCGAUCCCCAGAGCUCUUACUUGGAGCUCCCUAUGGAAAAUCUGUAGACAUGUGGUCUGUGGGCUGUAUUCUUGGGGAGCUUAGUGAUGGACAGCCAUUAUUUCCUGGAGAAAGUGAAAUUGACCAACUUUUUACCAUACAGAAAGUGCUAGGACCUCUUCCUUCUGAGCAGAUGAAACUCUUCUACAGUAAUCCUCGCUUCCAUGGGCUUCGGUUUCCAGCUGUUAACCAUCCUCAGUCAUUGGAGAGAAGAUACCUUGGAAUUUUGAAUAGUGUUUUACUUGAUCUAAUGAAGAAUUUACUGCAGUUGGACCCAGCUGACAGAUACUUGACAGAACAGUGUUUGAAUCAUCCUACAUUUCAGACCCAGAGACUUUUGGAUCGUUCCCCUUCAAGGUCAGCAAAAAGAAAACCUUACCAUGUGGAAAGCAGCACAUUGUCUAAUAGAAACCAAGCCAGUAAAAGUACUGCUUUACAGUCUCACCACAGAUCUAACAGCAAGGACAUCCAGAACCUAAGUGUGGUUCUGCCCCGGGCUGAUGAAGGCCUCCCUGCCAACGAAAGCUUCCUAAAUGGAAACCUCGCUGGAGCUACCCUCAGUCCAAUGCACACCAAAAGCUACCAAGCAGGCACUCAGCCUGGGUCUGCCAGCAAAGAUCUCACUAACAACAACAUACCACACCUUCUCAGCCCAAAAGACGCCAAGUCAAAAACAGAGUUCGACUUUAAUAUUGACCCAAAGCCUUCAGAAGGCCCGGGCACGAAGUACCUCAAGUCAAGCAGUAGAUCUCAGCAGAACCGGCACUCAUUUAUGGAAAGCUCUCAGAGCAAAGCCGGGACACUGCAGCCCAGUGAGAAGCAGAGCCGGCACAGCUAUAUCGACACCAUACCCCAGUCCUCGAGGAGUCCUUCCUAUAGAACCAAGGCCAAAAGCCACGGGGCGCUGAGUGACUCCAAGUCUGUGAGCAACCUUUCUGAAACCAGGGCCCAAGUCGCAGAGUCCAAUACCAGUAGAUACUUCCCAUCCAGCUGCUUGGACUUGAACUCUCCCACCAGCCCAACCCCCACCAGGCACAGUGACACAAGAACUUUGCUCAGCCCUUCAGGGAGAAAUAACCGCAGUGAGGGCACUCUGGACUCACGCAGAACCACAACCAGGCAUUCUAAAACGAUGGAGGAGUUGAAGCUGCCCGAACACAUGGACAGCAGCCAUUCCCAUUCACUGUCUGCACCUCAUGAAUCCUUUUCUUACGGACUGGGCUAUACCAGCCCCUUCUCUUCUCAGCAGCGUCCUCACAGACAUUCCAUGUACGUGACCCGAGACAAAGUCAGAGCCAAAGGCUUGGACGGAAGCUUGAGCAUCGGGCAAGGGAUGGCAGCCAGAGCCAACAGCUUGCAGCUCUUAUCACCCCAGCCUGGAGAGCAGCUCCCUCCAGAGAUGACCGUGGCCAGACCUUCCGUUAAAGAGUCCUCCAGAGAAGGCACUGCAUCUUUCCAUGCUCGGCAGAAGUCUGAGGGUGGAGUGUAUCAUGACCCACACUCCGAUGACGGCACAGCCCCCAAAGAAAAUCGACAUCUGUACAAUGACCCUGUCCCCAGAAGAGUUGGUAGCUUUUACAGAGUGCCAUCACCACGCCCAGACAAUUCUUUUCAUGAAAAUAAUGUGUCAACUAGAGUCUCUUCCCUACCAUCUGAGAGCAGUUCUGGAACUAACCAUUCAAAAAGACAAACAGCAUUUGAUCCAUGGAAAAGUCCCGAAAAUAUUAGUCACUCCGAACAACUCAAGGAGAAGGAGAAGCAAGGCUUUUUCAGGUCAAUGAAAAAGAAAAAGAAGAAAUCUCAAGCAACAGAUUCCACCACCGGGGAGAAUCCAAGCAUCAAGAAAUCCCUCUUCCCUCUUUUUAAUUCAAAGAAUCAUUUAAAGCAUAGUUCUUCUUUGAAAAAGCUUCCUGUAGUCACUCCACCCAUGGUGCCCAAUUCUGAUGGCCCUGAUCUUCUGACAUUACAGAAAGCCAUUCACUCUGCUAGCACUACAAGCAGCAGACCCAAGGAGUGGCGCCCUGAGAAGAUCUCGGAUCUACAGACCCAAAGCCAGCCACUAAAAUCCCUGCGCAAGCUGUUACAUCUCUCUUCAGCCUCCAAUCACCCGGCGUCCUCAGACCCCCGCUUCCAGCCCUUAACAACUCAGCAAGCCAAAAAUUCCUUCUCAGAAAUUCGGAUUCACCCCCUGAGCCAGGCCUCUGGUGGGAGUAGCAACAUCCGGCAGGAGCCCACGCCAAAGGGCAGGCCAACUCUCCAGCUGCCGGGUCAGAUGGAUCCUGGUUGGCACGUGUCCGCUGUGACCAGGGGUGCCACAGAGGGACCUUCCUACUCUGAACAGCUGGGUGCCAAGAGUGGGCCAAAUGGGCACCCUUAUAACAGAACAAAUCGCUCCCGAAUGCCAAACCUGAACGAUUUAAAAGAGACAGCCUUGUAAUUUGUCCUGG